AAGGCACGGCCGCUACGAUAACAUAAUUUCUUUGGAGAAUCUUUCUCCAUCAAUUGUCUCCGGACUCCCUCCCCAUACAACUUGUCAACGAAACACAACACCUCCUUGCAUUCGCCGCCCCAACAUCGCGGCUGCACGAAUUCAACACCCCCAGUCAACCAGGAGCUAGAGAGACGAUUGGGGCACUAUAUUCAACUCGGAACCCUUACGCGAACUCGCCGACCAUGCCUCACAAGCACAAGAGGAAGAGGGGAGACGACGAGGCAGAAUUCAAUCUUCCCCCGUCUCAAAAAGCGCGCUCCCUCCCAGUUACGUUGAGGAGCUCAAAACAUGCCAAGGAUCAGAAGAACACGAAGAAUGGGAAGAAUGGGAAGAACCCUGCACCAACCCAGGAUAGUCCAAAACCAAGAGGAAAGAAGGCCCGGGGCAAGGACAACGAUGCACCGCGAGCAUUCAGGCGUCUCAUGUCAGUGGCAAAUGGAAAGAAGGUCAGAUCUGGCCUUGAUGACGGCAAUGAUGGCAAGAGUGUAGCGAAAGAGGUCUCUCAGGAUCUGAAGAUUCGCCCAGGGGAGGACAUGAGGUCCUUCGCAUUUCGAGUCAAUGCUGCACUCCCAGUGGCUGGUCUUGCUAAGAAGACGGUGAUUAAGGACGGCAAAGAUGAGGCUGGCUUCAAGGUGGUACGCACUAGGAAGGAGCGGAAAAUGCACAAACUCUACGACCAGUGGCGGGCCGAGGACCAAAAGAUCAAAGACCAACGAGAGGAAGAGGCCGCACAGGCUGCGGAACGGGAAAUUGACGACGAGGGAGCUGGAAUGACAGCCUUGGCCACGGCCGAAUUGGAGGAAGCGACAAGCAAGAGAAAGAAGAAGAAGUCAGGACGCGGGAAAGCCGAAGAGGAUCCGUGGUUGGAAUUGAAGAAAAAGAGAGCGGAAGCUAAGGUUGGGCUGCACGACACAGCCCAGGCACCACCGGAACUUAACAAGAAGGUGAUUAAGCAGCUCAAGGUCAGAGGCGCUGCUGUGGAGGUCGACAAUAUCCCCAAAUCCGCCGGUAGCUUGAGACGUCGUGAGGAGUUGCAAGCAGUCAGGGCGGACGUUGUGGAUGCAUACAGAAAGAUCCGGGAACACGAGCAGGCCAAGUUGAAUGGCCGAGGAUGAUGCGCGUUACUCGGAGGAUGGAUGAGCGGUUGAAAAUUGAAUAAAAGCUUCUGAGAUGAGUUGUGGAGCUUUCCUUGUCGAACCCUUCUUCUUCUAUUUGCGCGAACGUGUCUGUGAAUGUCUCCGUACUAUCCGCGAACAUGGAUUUUGUUAGCUAUCGACCAACCUGUCUGCCCUUCAACG